AAGAUGAGACUGUAGAAGAGUUGUGUUCUUCCUCGUAUCGUGUAUAGUUCCUGUCUUGCAGCUGAAGUCAGCUCGGAGGAUUCGCAUAUCAGAGAGAAAGAGCGCGAGAGUGCGUGAAGUGAUGGAGAGACUGCAGCGGAUGUUCGCCGGCGCCGGAGGAGCCCUGGGCCACCCGCCCCCCGACUCCCCGACCCUCGAUUCCUCAGAGCAAGUCUACAUCUCCUCCCUCGCCCUUCUCAAGAUGCUCAAGCACGGGAGAGCUGGAGUGCCCAUGGAAGUGAUGGGUUUAAUGCUGGGAGAGUUUGUGGACGAGUACACUGUUCGUGUUGUAGAUGUCUUCGCGAUGCUGCAGAGUGGAACUGGUGUUAGUGUUGAGGCAGUCGAUCAUGUGUUCCAGACCAAUAUGCUCGAUAUGCUCAAACAGACUGGAAGACCAGAGAUGGUGGUUGGCUGGUAUCAUUCACAUCCUGGAUUUGGCUGUUGGCUCUCUGGUGUUGACAUAAACACUCAGCAAAGUUUUGAGGCUCUGAACCAGCGUGCUGUUGCUGUGGUCGUGGAUCCCAUUCAGAGUGUUAAAGGGAAGGUGGUGAUUGAUGCCUUCCGCUUAAUCAACCCACAAACCAUGAUGCUUGGCCAAGAACCAAGGCAGACGACAUCUAACCUUGGACAUCUCAAUAAACCUUCAAUCCAAGCACUCAUCCAUGGGUUGAACAGGCAUUAUUACUCCAUAGCCAUCAACUACAGGAAAAAUGAGCUUGAGGAGAAAAUGCUACUCAACCUUCACAAGAAGAAAUGGACUGAUGGUUUGACGCUUCGCCGCUUCGAUGCACACUCCAAAACCAAUGAACAGACUGUUCAGGAAAUGCUAAACCUAGCGACCAAGUAUAACAAGGCAGUGCAGGAGGAGGACGAGCUACCACCUGAGAAGCUAGCCAUAGCAAAUGUCGGGAGACAAGACGCGAAGAAGCACCUCGAAGAGCAUGUCUCCAACCUCAUGUCUUCGAACAUAAUUCAGACCUUGGGAACCAUGCUCGACACUGUCGUGUUCUAGUUCUAGGAAGGUGAUCAUUCAUUGGUCGGGUUCCAUGUCCCUCGUCCGCCUUGUCAUCUCCGCUUCAAACAGAAAGGAUGUUUUGGGUCGUGCAAUGUAUUGUAGCAAAAGAUAGUGGUUCAUUACUCACAACUUCCAUUUGAUCCUAUUUGCAUCAAUUGUCUCCCCCCCCUCCCCUCUCCCGUCAAGGGGCCAGUUUCUCA